ACGCUCAAGACAAUCAUUAAAUAAUAUAUCGAGCAUGAUAGAUAAGAAUCUUCCACUCACAUAAGUAGCCGUUUUGAACAAACGACAAUCAUUAGUACCAUCAUGAAGACAACGAUCAGUAUUCUCUUGUUGUUCGCGGCCUCGACCUGGGCGAACCAGAAGUGUCAGAUGCACGAUGGCAUCAGGAUGUUUAACGGCAAGCACUGUGCAUCCACCACUCGUUACAACGACGGCCACAAGGGGGCGUGUGGGUGUGGAACAAAUGACACACCUUUCCCAUGGAACAACAACCAGUAUGUUGCCGCAGCCAAUCAGAAGCUGUUCAGCAAGUCCGGAACAAAGUGGUGCGGCGACAGCUGUGGCAAGUGUGUCAAGCUGACGACAACUGGCGGUUCCAUUCCCGGCGCUGGCACCGGUGCUUCUGCUGGACACAGUCACGUGUUUAUGAUCACCAACGACUGCCCCGACGAAGCCCCCAAUAUGGAAUGGUGUGCCCAGAAGGGAGGCCCCGGAAGCAAGCAGACCAACACUCACGGUUAUGAAGUGCAUUUUGACCUGGAAGACAAUGGCAACCAAAUCUCAAAGUUGGGCUGGGACAACCCUGAAGUAACCUGGGAAUGGUCCAGUUGCCAUGGCAGCGGUACCCCAACAGAACAGAUGUGGCAUACCUGUGAAUGUUCUAAAUAAAAUGAAACUAUGGAUGCCAUUCGGUUCUUCUUGUUUGUAUGGAAUAUGGAAUAAAGUGGUAGAAACAAAA